CUCGCGGCUCUCGGUUACACCUCACUCUAUGUUGACGUGUGGCUCGAGUCUGGUAGCAGCUAGCUAGCCCUGCACUUGCUUAUUGGCAGCGAAUGUUUGAAGAAAGUCCUGACAGCUGACUCUUGGUAAAAAAUACACUUUAAACAAUGGCGGAUGAGUGGGAAGAAAUCCGCCGACUUGCUGCUGAUUUUCAGAGAGCACAGUUUGCUGACACAGUGCAAAGGCUAUCGGAGAGGAAUUGCAUUGAAAUUAUUGCAAAACUGGUCCAAGAGAAGAAGCUGGAUGUGGUGCACACACUGGAUGGAAAGGAGUACAUCACCCCGGCUCAGAUUAGCAGGGAGAUACGAGAUGAGCUCUACGUGCAUGGAGGGAGAAUCAACAUCGUGGACCUCCAGCAGAUCCUCAAUGUGGAUUGGGUCCAUGUGGAAAGCAGAGCAAGUGACAUUGCUAAAUAUGAUAAAGGAGUUCAACUCGUACUGGGACAACUUAUUGAUGACUCGUACUUGGACCGCUUGGCUGAGGAAGUGAACGAUAAGCUGCAGGAGGCUGGUUUGAUCAGUAUCGCAGAACUGUGUAAAAACUACGACCUCCCAGGAGAUGUCUUGACUGAGGAGCUGUCAAAGCGUCUCGGGAAGCUGAUCAAGGGAGAGAUGGACGAGUACAACAGGGGGGUGAUAUUCACUCCAUCUUUUGUUGCUCGUCACAAAGCCAGGAUCCGAGGGCUGUUCAGUGCCAUUACCAGGCCGACACCUGUCAGCAGCAUGAUCGCAGCUUUUGGCUUCCAGGAACAUCUUCUGUACUCGGUCCUGGAGGAGCUGGUGAACACCGGGCGUCUGAAGGGCAGCGUGGUGGGAGGCCGGCAGGACAAAGCUGUGUACAUCCCUGAUAUCUACUCCAAAACACAGAACGCCUGGGUAGACGCUUUCCUCAAGCAGAACGGAUAUCUAGAGUUUGAUGCGCUGGUCCGACUGGGGAUCCCUGAGCCAAGCAGCUACAUCAAGAAGCGCUUCAAGUCCAGCAAGCUGCUGUUCCUCAGGGCGGCCUGCGUGGGGCAGGCCCUGGUGGACCAGGUGGAGGCUUCUGUGGAGGAGGCUGUCAACUCGGCCACAUGGACUGACAUACAGCCCAUUUUGCCCAGCUGCCUGUCAGUGGAGGACAUGGGGAUUCUGAUCACUGAGGCGAUGAGAAGCACUAAUGUCCAGUCCUCCGCCAGAGUGCUGGGAGACACGGUGGUCGUCAGUGAGAAGUUCAUCAGCAACUGCCUCUCUCUGUUUGAGGAAGCCAUGCAGCAGAAAGCUGAGAAGGAAGUGAAGAACAAUCCAGUGUUCCUGAUAACUGAAGACGAUCUGAAGCAAGCGUCCAUGCUGACAGAGAGCACAGCAACUUCCAAAAAGGACAAGAGAGAAGCAGAACGCAAGAAGAAGACCACAGAGGGCAGCGGCUGCGCGAAGUCAGGCGGGGGAGGCAAUGCCAGAGAGUUCCGCAUCCGUAAAACCAAAAAGAAAGGGAGGAGGGACGAGGACAGCGACGAGGAGACCGGACCCUCUCAGCAAAAUCGCAGUAAACAGACUGCAGCCCCCUUCAUGGCCCAGGAGGAGAUCGUGACUGUUCUAGAAGAGAGAGUAAGCGACUGCCCCGAAGAAAUCCUCUGUGAACUGGCGGAGCAGCUAGUCAGGCCUCUGAGUAAAGCCUAUCAGGAGGUGCUGCGCUCGGUGUUCAUGUCCUCCACCAGCUCACCGUCCAGGGCCAACAAGAAGAAGAGCAUGAAGGAUCUGCAGGAGGAGAUCAGCAGCCUCUACAACAACAUCCGCCUCUUCGAGAAAGGCACCAAGUUCUUCUCUGAUGAAACCCAGGUCCACAUUGCCAAGCACGUUCUGAAGACUGUGUGCACGGACGUCUCCAACAUCCUGGUGAACUUCCUGGCUGCUGACCUGAUGAUGUCUGUGGAGAAUCCCAGCACCAUCACCCCUGAGGUCAGAGUGAAGAUUCUGGGUAAGCUGUCGGAGGAUACCAGAGGACCUCUGAUGAAGCUGCACAACUGCCUGAACGGCAAGACCAUCGAAGACUUCCUAACCAACAUCGAGACGUGUGCAGAGGUGUGCGGCUUCAUGCUGAAGAAGGGAGACAAGAAGAAGGAGAGACAGGCGCUGUUCCUGCACCGCCAGGCGCUGAUGGAGCAACUGAAGGAGACGGAGGAUCCUGCUCUGGUGCUCCACCUGACCAGCGUACUGCUGUUCCAGGGCUCCACCCACUGCAUGCUGCACGCCCCGGGCCGCUGCGUGCCCCACAUCAUCGGCACGCUCUGCGGCCGGAUACCAGCGGAGCAACAGCAGCUGCUGGCGGCCUACCAGAGCCUGGUGGUGAAGCAGCUGGUGAGCCAGAGUCAGAGCAGGAAGCAGGAGGAGGCUGGGGGGGAGGCUGAAGGAGUGGGGGAGCAGGACGAGGAGGCCCGCAGCGUCCGCUCGCAGCUCCUGAUCCUCACACCGCAGGUCAAAGACCUGAUGCUGUCCCAGAGGAAGGCAUCUACUGCAGAGGACUGACAGGGAUCUGAGGAAUGGUUCAUAAAGUAUCCUCUCACAUGUUCAGAUGAAGACUUUUAACUCUGCUAGAGCAGAUGUUGGCCUUUAGUUUUGUGAUGUAUUAAUGUGGCCAUAAAUCGAAAUUAUUAAAGGAAAAUUCCUGUGUGGGAUGUCUCCCUGUAAACACAUUUCACAUGAAAAUCCUCAAUGAGGUUCUAAUCUUCAUGCAUUCAUUAAAGUUCUCCUCUUCCUCA